AUGACCGUCAACAGGUAUGUCAACGACAUCCUCAAGCGCUUCGGCAUGGAUGAGUGCAAGGCCACAGCAAAUCCGGUCGACUUGAGCACUCGGCUUGUUGCAAGCAGCGAAGCGGCCAAGAUCGACGUUCCGUUUCGUGAAGCUGUGGGAGCUUUGAUGCACUUGACGACUGCGACGCGCCCGGACAUUGCGUAUGGUGUGGGGUACGUCUCGCGCUUCAUGGAGAAUCCGCAGCAAGAACAUUGGACGGCGGUGAAGCGCAUCUUUCAUUACUUGCAAGGGACCAACUCGCACGGACUCCACUUCCAGCCAAGCGACAAGAUCGACUUUCGUGGCUACUCGGACGCGGACUGGGCCGGCGACCACGCUGAUCGCAAGUCGACUUCGGGUUACACUUUCAUGCUGAUGGGUGCUCCUGUGAGUUGGGGAAGCAAGAAGCAGUCAUGUGUGUCGCUGUCGACGAGUGAAGCGGAAUACAUCGCACUGAGUCUGGCCAUCCAGGAAGGCAAGUGGGUGCGUCGCCUGCUAUGCGAGAUUUUGGCGGCCGCAAACGAACCAGGACCGGACCUCGUCAUCCGUGAAGACAACCAGUCAUGCAUCAAGAUGACGAAGAAUCCGGUGAAUCAUGGCCGCGCCAAGCUCAUCGACAUCAAGUACCAUCACAUCCGUGAUGAGGUCAAGCGCGGUGAAGUGCAGCUCGAGUGUUGCGAAACUUCCGUGAUGAUGGCGGACAUCAUGACCAAGGGACUUUCGGGACCUCGUCACAAGGACUUGACGACGGCUCUCGGCAUUCGUAUGAGUUCGGAUUGA